CGUUUCAAAAACAGCGCGAAACGCCGAGUGUGAAAAUCUUUUGACAGAGAAUCUCUCGUCUCCUCCUUCCAUAAUUUAUCAGUUCCUUUCUGUCUUCUGCAACCGAUUGCGGUUUCGGGAGUGAUUCAUUACCACACGCCAUCCCUCUGUCUCUUCCACCGCCCGCCUUCGCUUCCUUCUAUUUCUUCUUCGUUUCUUCAAACAUGGGGAAUCCAUACCCAAAGCUUGAACAACACACACAAGCUUGAAGGUCGAAGAAACCCCAGCUUCAAAGUUCAAUCGAUUACCCUUUUUUCAUUUUUGAUAUUUUUUGUUUGACCAAAAAUGCAUGCGUUGAGGGAGAAAUUCUACGGGAGGUUCUCCAGCCUCUUCUCCUAUUCCACUAGCUCGGAUCCUUCUAAAUCACUGCCGCCUGAUCCUCAUACUCAGGUUAGGCCGUCGAAAGGAAGAAAAUCACUGUCUUCAUAUUUGUCCUUAAUAAUCCCUUCCAAACAUGGAUCUAAACCCACUGAUUCUCGUCAAGAUACCGAUGCUGUUCAAACUCCCUCAGGUCGAUAUUGUGAUGCAAACAACGAUUUCCAGGAGGAAGGGUCUGAUGCUUUUUUAGAAUGUAGUAUACUAUGCAAGACGGAAGAAAUACCUCAUAAUCAGGGAGAAAAUAAGGUUUGUGGUUCAGCACAUGAGAAGGUAAAACUGAAUGAACCUGGAGUUGAUGAGGACCCGCCAUCUGGAAACAGCAAUUCUAGUUCAGAUGUAUAUGAAGAGGCUAUGGAGCGCCCUACCCCAAGAAACCCCUUACCAGACUUCAUGGAUGAGUCGGCCUUUAUCACUGCAGACUUGUAUGAUUUCCUGGGAUGUUGUCUACCCAACAUUGUGAAAGGCUGCCAAUGGGUCUUACUGUACAGUACGAUGAAGCAUGGUAUAUCUCUUCAAACUCUUAUUCGCAAGAGCCACGAUCUUUCUGGCCCUUGUUUACUGAUUGUUGGAGAUACUCGAGGUGCAAUAUUUGGUGGUCUUCUAGAAUGCCCGUUGAAGCCUACAGCCAAAAGAAAAUAUCAAGGAACACACCAGACAUUUGUUUUUACAACGAAAUAUGGCGACCCAAGGCUCUUUCGAGCAACUGGUGCCAACCGCUAUUAUUAUAUUUGCUUGAACGAUUUACUAGCACUUGGUGGCGGUGGUAGCUUUGCCUUGCGUUUGGAUGGUGACUUGUGAGUUGGAACAAGUGGGCCAUGUGACACAUUUGAUAGCGCAUGCUUGGCGCAUGACCUAGAGUUUGAGCUAAAGAAUGUCGAGUUGUGGGGUUUUGCACAUGCGUCAAGAUACUUAACCUGAAGACUUGUUCUGAUUCUUUUCAGAGUUUGUGCUCAUAUUUAAUAAUUUGUGACUAUAUUCUUCAUUAUCCGUUUUUAUUUUAUUUUAUCUAUUUUAUUGAUUAUUAAAUUGAAAGUUAUCUAUCA